AUCACUUUCUCGUAUAUAUAAAUGUCCACUUGGUUUCCUAAUACCCCAUCAUUGAUCAAGCACUACAAACCUUUUUCUUUUUUCCUAUUCCUCUCUUUGGUUACUUCUUUUCAUAACUUUAAUGAGGGCUACCAAGAAUAUGACUAAUGCUUGCAAACAAGAAGAGUUUGAGCAACUCAAAAGAGGGCCAUGGACACUUGAGGAGGACAAUCUUCUUAUCCAUUAUAUCAAUCGUCAUGGCGAAGGCCGUUGGAAUUCGCUAGCCAAAGCAGCAGGAUUGAAAAGAACAGGAAAAAGUUGUAGGUUAAGAUGGUUGAAUUACUUAAAACCAGAUAUCAAGCGCGGAAAUCUCACACCACAAGAACAACUCGCUAUCCACGAACUCCAUUUAAAGUGGGGCAAUAGAUGGUCGAAAAUUGCCCGCCAUCUGCCCGGACGUACAGAUAAUGAGAUCAAGAACUAUUGGAGAACACGAGUACAGAAACAAGCUCGCCAUCUUAAGAUCGACUCUAGUAGCAAGAGGUUUAUAGAAACACUACAACAAUUUUGGAUGCCAAGAUUGCUUGAGAAAGUAGAGCAAACAUCAUCAACAUCGUCAUCAACAUCAACAUCAACUGCUUCUACUUUAACCAUGGAAACUGAUCAGAAAAAACUAAGCUCUCAAUCUCCACAAGCGGAACAGGACAUACUUACAGUAUUAUCUCCAACAGAACCAAGCAACAAAGAGUGGAAUAACUCAAGCUCAAACACUUGUGCAUCAGAUUCUUGUGUGAAGAUGUUGUCACAACUCCCUGAAAUGUCCCAACUUUAUGAGGACACUGCCUACUAUAACUCUUCACUCCAAAACAUUGACAGCUAUAAUGUGCAUAUAAAUGAGUUUGACAUGAUGGGAUUUGGUCAGCCAGAUGACAUAUCAUCUCUGAGUUUUCAGGUGGAAGAUACUUAUGGAAUAAGCAGUGGUGACAUGGCAACUGAAACAUAUUGGAACAUGGAUGAUUUGUGGUAAUUCAGGAAGUAGAUUAAGGCCUUGAUUUAAUUCCUAUCAGUCCAUCUUUAAUUAUGGAAGUGCUGAUAGUGUUUAUAUUUGUAAAUACAACUGUUUAAAGAGAACCACAAGUCUUUAAUCCUACCAAGUAAAUUGUAUAGGGUGAAGUGAUAUGUCUAUUUAUUAAACCUAUAGUAGAAUAAAAGGGACCAUAUGUGUUACUCGCACCAAACAAUAUGACUAAAGAUAGUUUCCGAAA